AUGCAAGACGCUGCUCGAGGCAAGAAAGACGCGGCUCGAGGCAAGGAAGACGCGGCUCGAGGCAAGGACGACGCGGCUCGAGGCAAGGAAGACGCGGUUCAAGGCAAGGAAGACGCGGCUCGAGGCAAGGACGACGCGGCUCGAGGCAAGGAAGACGCGGUUCAAGGCAAGGAAGACGCGGCUCGAGGCAAGGAAGACGCGGCUCGAGGCAAGGACGACGCGGCUCGAGGCAAGGAAGACGCGGUUCAAGGCAAGGAAGACGCGGCUCGAGGCAAGGACGACGCGGCUCGAGGCAAGGAGGACGCGGUUCAAGGCAAGGAGGAUGCGGCUCGUCGAGAGGCGUGA